AUGGCCUCAGAAGGGCAAAGUGAAGAUGCAGAGCAUCUAUCUGAGCCUCCUGCAGCUGCUGCUCAGAGUAACAGAACAUUUCAGUGGGGAGCCAUACUUGCUGCAGUGAAAGACCAGCUCCCAUCUCUGGACUCUGACACCUCCACAUCUGAUUGUGAGAGUGAUGGGGAGCUUUUCAUCUUCCAGAGGGAACACCCAAACUUAAUUCCUGACCUGUCAGAAGAACUGAUGGAGUUUUCCCUGGAAGACUCAAACUUGCAGGAAACAGAAAGACACCCGUGGGAAACCUGGAAUGGAAAUCUGGGGAGUUCUGGCUUUCAGAAAAAAACAGAUGGUGCCCAAGUCAUUGCAGAUGAAGGUGUGCAAUUGAUUAAAGAUGAGACUUCCAAUCUAGCCUGCCAGACUGAAGACAUUCUAAGCCAAAAAGGAGCUGUUCUUGAAGAGUCUCUUGCAGAUUCUGCAGAUCACCUUAAAGAGAAAGAACUGGGUGGGAGACAGGAAAGAGGGAACUCCUGUCUUAAUACAGCGUUAGCUGUGGAAGUGCUGGGCAGUCACAAAGAGAGGAGAAAACUCAUAGAGACAAAGAUACUUACCAAAAUAUUUCUGAAACCAUCACCCAGCAAUACAGAGACAGAUAUCAAGCCUCCCUCACAUGGCAUUAGCAACAGUCUGGAAAGAGUUGCUGAGGAAGAAAGCUCCUCAGAUGAUCAUCCUCUGAAACUGACCCAGAAUGUGGAGAAAUGGGAUCUAGGCCAGAGUCCCGAGGGGCUGGAGCAGCAGCAGUGUAGCACUCGUGCAGAAGUUACUUUCUUCUCAGCAGAUCAUGAGACCUUCAGGAGUAGGUCUGAAAAUCAGCUCAUGGAGAAGCUAGAAGAGCUGUAUGCCAGGCAGUCCAGAACAGUGUCUUCACACUGCAGGUGGCCACCAGCCAAGCUCUCCUCCUUUCAAGAACAGCAGGAGAAUAAGGAUGUUGCCUUGCUGUCGUCUUCACAAAGUUCUCUAAGGACAGACAUGAUGAGAUUACAGUUCCUGUCAGAGCCUGUAACUGUGUACAUAGAUUUAAGAGAUGCCAGACCACAGAAGUCAUUCACAUUCCCUGAUGAGAAACAAAGUGCAAGUGACAGCUCUGAUGAAGAAGAGACUAUGCCAAUUAAGGAUGAAGCAGAAAGGAGAAUCAGGAGGAAUUGCUCAGGGAAAAGCCUGCUACUGCAACAACUCCGUAGGGCCCAUAAAGAAGCCUCACAGCUUCUUCCUAACAUGUCUACCCUAGCUGAAAAGCUUGAAGACACAAAAGAGGAUCCAGAAAGUCUGGAAAAGACAGAUUCAUCUAAAAUAAAUGAAACCCAGCAUUUAAAAGUGGAACAAGAGACAAAUAACAUGAUUGCCAGGAAACUGAUGAGAAUGAAACUGGAGCAAAUAAAUGCCCCCAUGUCAAACUGUGGGGGCAACAGAGCUGACCUAGAAAGAGAAGAGGAAAUGGAAGCUGAGAAGGUUCAACACUCAGGAGAUGCUCUAGAGUCUCAUCUAGCCACAACAGAAUUGCCAAGGACAGAAGAAAGUAAAAGAGAGCUAUUGCAAAAGGAAGAACAGAUGGAAGAGAGACACAGGAGAUGCAGACUCCAGGAGCAGCUGGAGAGGUUGCAGCCUCGGCAGUCAGUCACUGGAAAGCAGCCCAUGGCAGAGCAAACUCCAGUUCUGUUCCACAUGGAGGCCUCUUACAUGCCAGAUAUUGACACGUUGCCUAGACCACAGAGCAGGAAAAGUGAGAUGCUGCUUGUGACUGUUUGUCUGUCAAGUUGUGGCCAAGUAGCUACAGAUGAGCAUGGUGAGCAGGUGCCUGGUGUGGUGCUGAGAGCAGCCAACAUUUACCAGGCCCUUGUGACAUGGCUUCUCUCUCUGGUGCCUUCUGUGAGAAUGAAGGAUGGACCCAAAGCUCCGUUCCAGGUGGUCGGGCUGCAGCAGGCCUGGCGAGAGGAUGGCUUGGCCCUAUACGCUUGUCUAGUGCCAGCAGAUGAGUCUUCAGCCCACAACAGCCCCGAGAUGCAGAAGGUAAAAGCUAAAGAAGAUGGAGGAGGGACAUCUGACUUUUACCAGAAGGUUUCUGAGUUUCUGGCCUGUACACAGCUCUCAGAUGUUACCUGCUGGAAGGCAGAACUGGCCAGUCACUUCCAAAACCAGCUGUGUCCACUUCUUCCUGAGAUUCCCUCUGUCCUGCUCAGUGACAUCGCUGCCCUUAAUCCUGAUCCUCAGGCAGUGGAGAAGGUGUUUGCAGUGCCAAAUGGAUUUUACUGGCAGACAGUUGAAACAGAUGAGAAGUACUUCCCCACCAGCAGCACCAUCGAGGCCUGCAGAGACAGACACACUGAGGUUGCCAUGGUACUGCUGUUUGAAACUCUCUUCCAAAGUCCCCCAGCUACCCAUCACAUGUUGCAGCUGGUACUCGCUUCUGGCCUGGAUGUCUGUGGACUGCGCCUGCUCUACCCUCAGCAGGACGUGCUGCUCACUACCUCAGAAAAGCUGCCACCUUCCAAUGCUUCCCAGCCUGGCAACGUGCCACCAGUGCUGGCAUUAGGCCUCAGAGGGCCUCAAGCAUGGAGCACCUUGCAGAGUAUCAUCAGGCCACCCACCCUGCAGCUGCUGAGCGAGAGGAACUGCAGUUCCAGCCACAGCCACAGCUCAAGGGAGCCUCUCCUCUGCCUGCCCUCCCCAGGCAGUGUGCACAGGGAGCUGUGCCUCUGGUUUGGAGGGAGAGCUACUGAGGCAGCCCUGCGUGCUGGUGGCCUGGAUCCAGCCUCACACUGCGACAGAGCAAGCUCUCAGAGUCCUUCCUCAGCUGAGGCAGAAGCAAAGGAAGAGCAGGUUGAUGUCCAGGGCCUGGUGCUGCCUCAGCCUCCAGCAAUGCUUGUCUCAACUACCAAAGGGGAUGUUAUUUUGAUGGUGUCACCUGUGGUAUCUCCUCGUGCAUAUGGUGAUGUGAUAUCAGUCUGUACUCGUCGGGGGUUCAUUCUGCAAGGAAUCAGACAGCUGCAGCUUUCACCCAAGCAAGCUCUUGUGCUGAGCAUGACAGCAAGCCAGGUUGCUGUAUUUUGCCCUAGUGAGAGUUCAAGUUCAGCUGAUAGUUCUGCAGGAGGAGAGCUCUCUGCUGAACCACGUGUGCACUGUCUCAUUUUGCUGCUGAGGAAGGAGAAUGCUAGUCAUCACGUUCCUGCAUUGGUGACAGGACUGGUGAAUGAGUUGGCAAAGCUGGGCCUCCUCAGCAAGGGCCAGGGCAGCCCACGUGCUGGGCUGGAGCCCUCGACCUGCUUCCACGUGGCUCCUUACACCGAGGCCUCGCUGCACACACUCGGAGGAAACCUCAGUGCAGUGCCAGACCCUCGUAACAUCCCUCUGGAUCUUUCCUGCAAUCGGACAUACGCCUGUGAUCCUGAAAUGGAGCAAGUGGUGCUGCUGACGGUGGUUGGAAUGGAUGCUCUGAGGAGUGCAGGACAGCUCCUGCACCAGAUCCUUCUUCCUGAGCACGGUAACCAACCCUGGAGUGCAGAUGGACCCAGAUUGGGGUUUGAGCUCCUGGGUCUCAAGUGGUUGCCCCAUCUCACUCGGUGUCAGGCCAGAGAAGUGACUCCCUUUGAGGUUGGAGAUGUUUCCUGGCGAAGAAGCCUGGAGGUGCUGAUGUCAGAGCCAGCGCUGGUGUGUGCGCUGCGGCGGCCCAACGCCUUCCAGGCUCUCGCAGAUGAACUGAAGAGGUUUACACAGUGCAGGGAGGAGCUAAGCAAAGCUGGCAGCCUUCCACAGGCAGUCAUGGCCUUGACCCCAGAGGUGACAUUCAGACAAGCCAUCCACUUCUUCACAGAGAUGGAUUUUGUGACUGAUGCAGAACAGCGGCCUGCUAUGAGAUACCUGCCACCAGCUGGCAAGAGGCCCCGGGCUGAGGGGGGAGAGCAGCAGAGAUGCCAUGCAGAAUCACUGUUUACCUACUUGCAAGCAGGAGCCCAGAUGCUUUGCACGGUGCUGCUGAUCAAACCUGGUGCCUGGAGCCAUAAUCUUGCAAAGAUCCUCCGAAAACUAGAGCUGGAGAACUUCACGGUGGUUGGGAUGAAGCACGUCAACCUGGCAGCAGGCAUUGCCUCAGGGCUGCUCUCUUCUCAGGUGAAACAGGAUCCUGCUGUUGCAGAAGCUCAUUGCACCUACCUGACCUCGGGCACUGCUCUCGUGCUGUGUCUUCAGAGGCCAAAUGCUGUGAAGAAGCUGAUAGAUUUACUGGGGCCUGAGGAUCCUAAAGCAGCUCAGGCACUAGAUCCGUGCCUUUGGAGGGCUCAGUAUGGCACCAGCACAAUCCAAAAUGGGUUUUAUGGCUCCAAAUCCUACCAAAGAGCUGUGCAGGAUAUGAAGCUGUUUUUCCCAGAAGGGCUGUGCUGUGCUGAGUCUCAGACACUAGAGGAGGAAAAGAUCUGCAACCUGAAACGUGACCCCAUCCUCAGUUUGGAAAUGAAGCAGCAGCGCAAGCUGGUACCACGGGGGAGAGGAGAGCAGCUCUGCGUCCCGGGCUCUGAGCAGCCACCCAGCCUCGACCGGCCGUUGCUCCAUCAGCUCUGCCAAACCACUUGCCUCGUGCUGCCUGAGAUACUCCUUCGGGGUUCAGAGCACCCACCUUACAUCGAGCUGCUUGAUCAGCUUCUUGGCAGGGAUUUCCUGGUGACUGGAGCACGCCUGACUGUCCUGGAUGCCCCACAAGCUCACCGUGUCUCUGAGACACUCUGCAGGGCAGAGCUCGGCGCUGCAGCAAAGUGUCCUCCCAUAGGGAGUGGUGUGUGCCUGGUGCUGGCAGCGCAGCGACACAACGCGCUCCUUGGCUUCGCCUCUCUGCUGGACAGAGUCUGUUGGCAGCAGCAGUCGGCCCUGGACACCACACAGCAUCUCCUCUAUCCCCACACUGAGAAUCAGGCUGAAGAGCUGCUCUGUUGCCUUUUUGACUCCCUGACAUCCGAGAGCAUCCACUGCAUUGAGUGCCAGGAGUGCUGA